UUCCGGGUCCUUCCUGGCUCCUUCCUGGCUCGAGGCAUUCCACCAGACAGGUCUAAUAGACCGAUUACCGUGGAAAAAACCCAUUAAUUAAUCUGAACUCCUCCAAAAGCCGAACGGGUCCUGUGAGUUAUGAUGGGCGGUAAGACCAGCGCGAUAGCUGCGGGGGUGUGUGGGGCUCUGUUAGUCGGUUACUGCAUUUAUUUUGACAGGAAACGACGGAGUGACCCCAACUUCAAGAACAGGCUGCGAGAACGCAGGAGAAAGCAGAAGGCAGCCAAAGAGACGGCAGGUCUGGCAAAGCUUCCAGACCUGAAGGACGCUGAAGCGGUGCAGAAGUUCUUCCUGGAGGAGAUCCAGCUAGGGGAGGAGCUGCUGGCUCAGGGAGACUAUGAGAAAGGUGUGGACCACCUGACCAACGCCAUCGCUGUGUGUGGUCAGCCUCAGCAGCUGCUGCAGGUGCUGCAGCAGACUCUGCCCUCACCCGUCUUCCAGAUGUUGCUCACCAAACUGCCCAGCAUCAGCCAGCGCAUCGUGAGUGCACAGAGUCUGAGCGAGGAUGAUAUAGAAUAAGGAGGACCAAGGGGAAGUACCCCCUCCCCCACCUGACUCCUCCUCCCAUGGACUUCCACCACUUCAGCUUCAUCACUCUGGCUGACAUCCAACACCUCCCACCAAAGCGUCCUGAUGGGAAUUGGUUUUUCUUCCUGGUUUCUCCCCGACAGUGUUUGUUUAACUUGAAUGACCCGUUACGGGGUAGUCGAAUCUCUCCAUUAGAAAUACAAACGAGCUCGUCCCCGUUCCUCCGCCUGUAGGUAUGUAUGUACUAACUGGGCCGGGUGUUGUUGAAAACAUCAGGGUGGCGUAGCGCUCGUCCUGACAGGUCGACGCCAUCCGACAUGUUUGUACCCACUGCCUUCAUGUUUGUUGUGUAUCAGUAAUCGCCAGACACACAAACUGUAAUCCUCCCUCUGCUUGGAUGCAUCAGAGUAUUUAUUGUUUUGUUGUCACUCGACUUUCUGUUCAGUGUAAACACUUUUUAAAAUGUGAUAAAGUUUUGUUCAUUUUAAAGAAGAAAAAAUAAAAAUGUGAACAGACUAUGAAGCUGAGUCUGCUGAGUUUUAUUUUGGGACAAGUCUCCACAUGUGGACUGGCUCAUAAUCUAAAUGAGGUCCAAGCCAGGACGGUGGGUGUCAUGCUGUAGGCCGACUGAAGGCCUACACCAACAGCUGCACCAAGUCUCUGCAGAAGGAAAUCCUAACUAAACACCAACAUUAUUUUUCAAAGGAAACAGAAAAGACAAACAGCUGCAGAAUCAGACUUUGGUGUCCAUCUAUAACACAGAGUCCAGCUGUAGAUGGACUUCAGGGGGUCUGAGUCUCAGCACGGCCCCACUUCUGCUUUGUCAGGUUCGUAUCAGCUGCUGCCGUCGGACCAUCUACAGAUGUUUUAACAAAGCUGAAUCAACGCUGAGCUCUGAAACAUUACAACUAGCUAGUUUCCACUCAAAAAUCACAGAUUUACAAGUUAAUAG